AUUCGAACGGAAGAAGAAGUAAAACGUUGCUUGCUUCCUCUUCUCUUUUCUCAGUUCUCAACGAACCCAUUAAUUCAUUCCAUUCCCAUGCGAUACACAGAAACACACGAACAGAGAUUCAUUCCAACGCCAAGCAACACAGCAAGCCUUCAAUUUCGAAGCUUUGCCCUCCGAACCUUCUGGAAUUCUCCGGAGCCUUUUGAAUUUGAAGGAGCUUCUCCUCCUUCUUGCCUUUUUGGAGCUGAAACCUCAGCUAGGGUUUCGAUUUGAUUGAACGAGGUUUGAUUGUGAAUUAUUCUUUCCCUGGAGUCCUAUAAUUUAGUUAAUGAAAGAAUACCUUCUAGUUUACAAAAAGGUCAGCCUUGGUGCCUUGAGCAAGGUUAUGUGAAGCAUUAUGACUCUCGAAGACUUCUUUACUUUGACUGAGAUGAGAGAUGGGCUCACUGCCCCUUCUCGAGUCCAGGAGUUGGUCUCUGAAAUGCAAAAGGAGCAAGAUAGUGUUGUUAAGAAUGCUUGUGAUGCAACGAGGCAGUGGGCUGCUGUUGCAAGCACCAUUGCUGCUACUGAAAAUAAAGAUUGUCUUGAUCUAUUUAUUCAAUUAGAUGGUCUUUUGUUCAUCAAUAGAUGGUUAAAUGAGUCACACAAUUUUGGCGCUGAUGCAAAUGAUGGCUUCAUUGAAGAGUCAAUUUCAGCAUUAUUACGGGCAAUUGAAAAGCUGCAACUUGACAGCAAGAAGUCAAUCUCAUCAGGAAUUUGGGGAACUGUACAUAAGCUUCUUGGCCACCAUAGCUCUAGAGUUCGAGAUCGGGCAAGACAAUUAUUUGACAGCUGGGAAGGAGGUGAAAAUGGUGAGGUUGAACCUCAAGUUGACAGAUCGAGUGAUAAAAUUGCCAAGGAGGAAUGCCAGCCAUCUGCUGUGACAGAAGGUGGCAAUGAUGAUGGUCAUGCAUCAGAAACUGUAGUAGGUGAGAAGUCUCAAUUGAGAAGGUCAGAUAGCAUGCUACCAGAAAAAGUUGCUACCGAACAGAUACCAAGUUCUGACAAUGCACCUGAGUCUUCUGUAAGUUUGGAUUCUGAACAUCUCAAAGAAAAAGCAAACCAUUUUUCUAGUGUUUUGACUCCCGUCCAAGAAGUUGCUCCCAUAAGUGAAGGUGUGGCCACAGUAACUGAGAUCUGUAACUCUCAUAUUCCAAAACCAGGAAAUUUUAAAGGAGAGCCAGAUGAUGUACAGUUGAAUGACUUAUCCAAAGCGGAGAAGCUAGAGCAAAAUAAUAGUGUCCCUCCCGAAAAUUCAGGAAUAGCAGAUAGCUCUUUUUCAUCCUCAAAGCUAGGGCAUGGACCUGUUUCUUUGGGUGCGACUGAAACAAAUGCACCCGAAUCUGUGAAAGAACCUACUUUAGAACAUAAUGAUGAGAACAAUGAGAAUGGUGUUUGUCAUAUAAUGGCUGUUCCUUGCGACAUGAGAACACCUGCAUCUGAUGCAAAGAGUGCGGUGGAUGACGUAGAAGCUAUAAAUUCUAGCAAUCCCCAGCCCCCAAAAGCUUCAGAAAAUGAUAAUGAAUGCGUUUCUAAUAUGUUGCAGGACUCAUCAGUCAGGGACAGAAACCUGGGAAAGUCAGAGCAGCUAGAGAUGCCUUUUCUUUCAACAGAAUAUGUUAAAGGAGUAACAGAGGGCAAGGGCCAAGUAUCCAAUCAAGGAAAUGGGGCCUCAAGUUAUGGCAGUGAACGUGAGUAUGAUAAUGUUGAUAACAAUGCCUUAAAAGGUGCUCGACAAGUUUCUUUGGAAAAGGGCCAAGUUUCUAACAAAGUCAUUGAUGCCUCGAAUGGUUCUGAUUCUUCUAGAAGGAGGAAGCGGCCCAGAAUCCCAAACCUUAUCAAGAAAACUUCCGAUAUUGAACUCGAGUAUGGGAUUGUUGAUGCUUUAGAAGUUGCUCGACAAGUUGCUCAGGAAGUUGAGAGAGAAGUCCGCAGCUCAUCUUCAGAGGAAAUUUCAGAAGGCAGAAUAAGGCGACCAGGGAGUUCAGGCAGUCCAGUUUCUUCAGAUAAUAAAUAUGAACUAACCCAUGUCCUGCCUGAGGAGGUAUCGUCCAGGCAAAGCAACUCUGCUGAUGCAUGUUCUGAACAGGAUGGACAUAUGAGUUACUCAGACAAUAUUGAGGCCCAGGCACAGCCAGAAUGCUUACCUGACUUGGAGUCCUCACAGGUGACUGAAGCAGCUCAAGAUCCAGGAGGUAAUUCAGAGAAAAGCCUGUGUACCUUCGAUCUGAAUGAAGAAAUUGGUUCAAAUGGUAUGGACGUGUCAGUAAAUACUAUGCCUGCCGCACCAAUACCAGUUGUCUCUGUUUCAAAGCCUGCACAGAGUUCUGGGCCGCCAACUGCUCCUUUGCAGUUUGAAGGGACACUUGGAUGGAAAGGAUCAGCUGUCACUAGUGCCUUUCGUCCUGCAUCACCUCGUAGAAGUUCUGAUAGUGAGAGGAAUGUUUCUGUUGGUGGGAACUCAGAUAGUUCCAAGCGAAGGCAUGAUUUCCUCGAUAUUGAUUUGAAUGUGGCUGAUGGGGAUGAAGAACUGGUAAAACAAAAAUCCUCAGGCCUUCCUUUUGAGCAGUCAUUAGCGGAACUUAAUCCUAAACAGUCCAGCAGGCUUGACUUGGAUUUAAACAGUGUUGGUGACGAUGGUGACAUCCAACCUUCAAAUCGCAGAACAGAAGCGCAACUGUUUUCCCAAAGAAAUGACUUUUGGAGUCCGUUACAUGGAGCAUCGUCGUCAUCAAUGCAGCCUUCAGUUCGCAACAUUGAUCUGAAUGACAGACCAUAUUUUCAAACUGCUUUGGUGGAACAAGGGCCUAGUAAGUCUUUGUUUAUGGAUUCAUAUGGGCGUUCAAAGUCAGAUGCUCCUGUGAUCUCUAUUUUGGGUGCCAAGGUGGAAGUUGAUAGGAGAGAACAUGUUCCUCAAACGAUAUCUAUUCCAAAUGGCAAAGCUAUUGAGCCUGUCAUCGAUCUUACAAUGUCAGGAGCAGGUGCCAUGUUGGGGAUGUGCCCUUCAGUAUCUUACAGUAAGUCAGCUGUUUUCGGGUAUAAUGGCCUGACAUCAGGCCCCCAUCUAUCAUUUUCGUCAGCCAUGUAUGCAUCUGGUGGCACAAUUCCAUACAUGGUGGACUCAAGAGGUGCUCCUGUGGUUCCUCAAGUUGGGGGGUCUUCAUCAACCAUUCUGCCAUCUUACUCUCAGCCUCCAGUUGUCGUGAACAUGGCCGGUACACAACUCAGUUUAAAUGGGGUCGGUCCUUCGCCUCCAAACUUUGAUUUAAAUUCCAACUUCAUGACUGAUGGUGGACCUAGAGAUACAUUGGCUGCAAGGCAGUUUUUCUUUCCCUCUUCUGGAAGAGCUUUGGAGGAGCAUGCUAGGACCAUUCCGCAAUCCUCAAGUUCUGGGGGUGAUGGAAAAAGAAAGGAACCAGACAGUGGCUGGGAUCCUUAUCCAUUUAGCUACAGAGGUCCUCAACCUCCAUGGAAGUAGCUCUAAUUUAUGAUUUUACUUCUUAUCUGUUCAUAGAUACAACCUACCAUUUAGUGCUUUAUGUUAAUUGCUACACAAGAUGAUCCUGAAGAGUAGGCCACUCUAUUGGAAUCCUUCUUUAGUAAGAGAUGAACCAGAACUCAAUAAAAGCUGAAGGUCGAUGGAUGUAAUUUAAUUCUUGAGAAUGAUUGGUAAAGGUGGGGAGAUAAUUUUUCUUUUUUUUUUUAAUAUUUUUUUUCUGUACCUUAUUUUUGUGUAUUUCUUUUACUUCAGUUUGAUAGAAAGUCAGCACAAGCACAAGGCUUGGUACAUGUAGCUGUAAUUUCUCUUUGAUCUGACAAAAAUUAUAGGCAUAGCAUCCUGUGUGGUGCCUUUAUUUCAUGGCAAUAGAUUUAGUUGAUAUUAGGGAGUUUUUAGUUGUCCAAUCAAUAACCUGUAAAUCGGAAUGUCUCGGGUUCACAAAUUUUCCGUUUACACAA